UAUAAAUUUGUUGUCUUUAAAAAUUACAUACUGCUCGUAAUAAUGUCGCAACCUCUCAAACUCUUGUACUUCCAUAUUCUCAAAUCUUCAAAUUUCUUACUUUUAAUCGAAAAUCGUUGUUCGCGGGACAUUAAUAAAUAUUUCGGUGCACCAGGUGAAAUACGAAGUAUUAGUAUAAUCCUUCCGAAUCACCUGAAUUAAAUAACUUUGCACAAGGAAAUAGUUAAAAAAUGUAAUAAAACCAUAUUUUGCAUGUAAUAAAUAAUUAUAUUUGGUUUUCUUGGUACAAUAAGGUUGCUGCAUUUGAAAUUUCCGCCCUGGGAUGCGCUAUGAUGCAGCGACUAAAGAGGGUACGCUUACACGACACGUUCGGGACCAGGGUAGGAAUAUCACAUCAUUCCUUAAUUCGGGAUUCAAACGGACUUCGCCCUUCGCCCACGACUUUCUCCCGUGGCUUCGCCUCCUAGCAAAUUUUUCUACACAUGGUUCGAUUCGUCUCGGCUACGUAGAGGCGUACGAUUAAACAAACAAAUAGGGAGGAAAAUGAGGGGUGUCAGGAAAAAAAAGAAACAAAGUUGUUGAACACCACGGAACAUCUACGUCGUUGGUAUUCACGUUGUACGUUUCUAGAAAAGCAACACCCUCCUAGAGAGCGGCUUGGGAUGCUACCGUCAAAUGCUACAGAUCGUCAACAAUACAUUCGUCUGACCUAACCUCGAACCCUCUGGGAUUCUCAUUACGUUUCAACAGCGUCGCAGCAUUAACGUCACCUGUGCCGAAUGUGCAAAACAGGAUUUUCAUCGUCACAGUGGAUGCUUAGAAAUUUUCAAAGCUUUUUUCUGCACUGUGAUGCAUGGAAACGUGACAUUUGAAUGACGAUUCCUCUAAAAAUUUUUUGUUUAUAUUCUCUGGAUGUCUGUUUCACGCAGCCGAGUUCCGCGAAUUCGUUUCUAGUACGUUUGCCUUUGACUGUACAUAAACUGCGUCGAUGCCUCGUGAAUCUUCAAGCGAUAAAAGCUAAAUAAACACAAUCGCACCUGCUAUUCCAAACUCUGGGAAUUCUACGGAACGAAAAAAAUCGUUCGUCUUACUUCGAGUACCAUGGAACACUGCCACGUCAAGGCGAUCGUUGAUAAUCCGAUAAGGAGCGCAUACCCAAGCUCGGACGUGUAUGAUGUAAGGGGUUCGUUAGUAUGCUGGAAAAGCGGCGGCUUCAUGCCUUCGGUUCGCCACCAUGCACCCUGAUUUUUGUGGUCGCUUUGGCACUGACUGGAUGCUUCUCCUUUUGGCUUCACAUCGACGGAUCCGGAUCCCCGACACCUUACAGUGUCGGUGGCGGUUCGGCACCCGGAUACCUGCUGAUCCUUCCCGGAAACGCGACGCCCUCUCCACAGCCAUACUUACUGCACGAACUUCCGUUCGGUGACAGGUCCACCCUGAUCGAUAUAAAGGACUUCAAGUUCACGAUCAACCACGAUCCGUGCAAUCGGACGCAUCCGUUGCUGUUGAUGCUGGUUCAUUCGGCGCCCGAGAAUUUUGUUAAGAGGAACGUCGUCAGGGAGACCUGGGGUCAACAGUCACCGGAUGUAACGCUGCUCUUUCUCGUUGGCUGGUCAGAUGAAUAUCAAACCAAACUGGAAGAGGAGAACAGGAGAUUCAAAGAUUUGAUACAAGGCAACUUUCUCGAUGCUUACAGAAACAUGACUUAUAAGCAUGUGAUGGCAUUGAAAUGGGCUACGUAUCAUUGUCCAAGUGCCAAGUAUGUACUAAAGUUAGACGAUGAUGUUUUUGUUCACAUACCCGCCAUGAUGGAUUUCUUGACGCAUGGUCUGUCACCGUGGGGGGCCAGACGGUUGAUCCUGUGCGAUCUUCUGUCAGCAGGCACCGUGAAGAGAUCCUGGCGUUCCAAAUGGAGGGUUUCGCCUCAAGAGUACCCUGGUAGACAUUAUCCUGCGUACUGUGCCGGAUGGGCUAUACUGUACUCCCCCGAUAGCGUAUUCCUUUUGUAUCGCGAGGCGCAGAAAGAGCCUUAUUUCUGGAUCGACGAUGUUCAUAUUACCGGGACGUUAGCUAGGAAAGUUAAUAUAACUCAGACCUCUCUGCAUUAUCUGGUGCUAACCAACGAGAACAUGCAGGACCUUCUGUCCAAUCCGAGUUCUCGUAGGGAGUUUCUAUUUGGACCUCCGAAUCUCAAUGAGAAUGAGAUAAGAGCCUUACAAAGUCUGGUCAUCAAACCACGGCCUAGCAGCGAAAGCCUAUUGAAUUGAGACAUUCGUUGGGUCCUUACGAAUGUCUCGUUCAACAACAUUUGUGGUGUCUGAUGUAUUUCUCUUUUUUUUUUGCUAUUUUCAAACCACCUUGAUUCUGUAUACACAAGAAGUGUUCAAGUUCGUGCACAGUAUGGUUUAUGUACUUACGAAGCGUUACAAAUGUAAGUUACGCACUUAUCUCAUGGAAUGUUUUCAAUAGGUUACGACCUCUUUUGUGGAUCUUAAUUACAGUCAACGCACUAUAUAUAUAUAUAUUUUUUUUUGUAUAUACAUUAUUUAUAUGUGUAUUUAUGAUUAAGUUUUUUGUACUUAGUUAGUAACAGUUUAAAGAUGCUUAUUUGAAGACUCACAUAAUUGUAAGACGAGACGAAGCGCUCGUACCAGUAUUAACACCUCAUAGGAACAAUUUUCUGUAUAAAUCGAUCAAUGUGUCACGAAAGUAAAUAACGUAAUUUGAAGGUUUUUCGAGAUUAAGCUCGCGAGAGAUGAUAUUUAUAGAUAUGAUAUUACAUAUACCAAAAUUUAAAGUAUCGGAUUAUUAUAUGAAAAUCUCAGACGAGUUAACGUUUGUUAGAUAGCAAUGAGAGUACAACCCGAAAUGAAGGGUCCAUUUGCAGGUCAAAAACACGUAAACUGUAAUGAUUCUUGUAUUAUGAUAACGUUCUUUAAGCGAUUCCGUGGAAAUUCUAAGUUCCUUAAUAUUUAAGCGACUACAGUAAAAUCGUCAAGCACUUUCUUUUUACAAUUUACCGUUAAUGUAAUAUACCUCAGUAUACAUAUAUGUAACCAAUUUAUAUUCCUCUUUCGUUCUCUUUUAAGUAUAGAAUACAACGAAUACGAUUUACAAAAGGAAUACAUGAAUUUCCGCGAGAAAAACGAAGAGAAAGAGAGAAUAUGUUUAAAGAAAAGAAUGUUUAUCUUAAUGUAAAAAAAUUAACACGCUUUAUCGUUGCUUUAAAUGAAAUGAGUAUACAUUUUUCGAUCGAUCAGUAUGUACUUAUCGCAUAUACGUACAAAUCGUUGGUGGCUAUUAGUUAGCGAAUUGUCUUCUCUAUCAUUGUCUAACGUGGGAUAUAUACAGUUUUUACUUAUUUAUUUAAUGUACUUUAACUAUAAUGUAACAUUUACGUCGCAUCGUGUGAGAAAUGAAAUGUUUCUAUUGUGUAUUGCCGAAUAUGUCCAUAUAGCGGUGGAAUAAAAUCUCGUCUGUGUCAUUAAAUUC